AUGGGUCUCCGAGGGCGACCGGUGCCCCCGCCAACGCAGAACGUCCGCCCCUUCCGUCCGUCCUCCCUGCGGAGCAACAGGUCUUCCGUUCUCACGGUGGACUCCAUUCUCUCCUCCCCGUUCCAGUCCCCUCACAUGUCACACCGCAUGCCCCCCAGGAGACGCGACUCCAGCCGCAUGCCCUCUCGCCCCAUGGGUCGCGGGCGUCCGCUCAUGGUCCGGCAGCCCAGGGGGAUGCCUUCUCCACAGCCCUCCAUGAAGCACAUGUCCUACCCCGCAUCCCCUGCCAUGUCUCACCGGAUGUCACGGCAAGGCUCACAGCCCAUGGCUCAACGGAUAUCCCGGCAGGCCUCUCCACACCUCUCUCGACGAGCUUCCCCCAACCUACCUCGACGAGCUUCCCCGCAACCAAUGUAUGCCCCAGACGCUUACGCCGAUCCCCACAUGGAGCAGUAUAGUCAGCUCGGUCCCUCCUCCCCUAUGCUCUCCGGUGCACUGCAAAACCAGGCCAUCCGCCAGGCGUCGUUUGCCCCUCCCAUGGGAGCCCAGUUUGGAUAUGAUGACCCCCAGAUGGUCGCUAUGGAUCCAAUGGGAUACGAGGAACAGCUUCACCCCUCCUCCCCGGGGCUGUUUAACGCAAUGCAAAACCAGGCUAUUCGUGGGGCCUCCUACUCCUCCCCUUUGCAAAGACCGAUGUCUCCUUAUGAACAGCCCCUGCCACCCUCCUCUCCGAUGCUCUCCGGGGCAAUGCAGAACCAGGUUUUAAGAGACGCUUCCUAUGCUUCUCCAUUGCAACAACCGGGCUAUGCCAUUCCACAGCAAGACCUCCUCCCAUCUCCCAUGUUGUCUGGAGCUCUUCAGAACCAGGUCCUGAGAGACGCAUCCUACGCAUCUCCGUUGCAAAGGCCUCAGUCUCCGUACGGCCAGUCGGUUCCCUCGUCCCCCAUGCUGUCAGGGGCGAUGCAGCGUGGCGAGGCUCUCAGAGGCAUGACGUCCUACCAGGUGCCUUCGCUGCAGCCUCAGUACGGUCCGACUGUAGUCACUCCGUCCGAUUACAUAUUCGAGCCUGCGCCCUCGCCGAUGUUGCACGAGGCCCUGCACAACCGCUCCGACUUCCAGGGCGUCUCCACUCUCAGAAUGCCCUCGGCACAGCGCCGCGACUCUCAGGUCCAUUCCGGGCCACAGCUCGGCCACGCACUGGACCAGAACCCUCACCUGAGGCAGGCGUCCUACCACACCAGCAUGCAAUUCGGGCCCUCGCCUGCUGCCCCCAUGUCCCCCGGGUUAGGCCGAGCCCUACAAAACCGCCAACAGCUGGCGCAGUCUUCAUACAGGAUACCAGACGGGAGUUUGAUGUCCCCAUAUGGGCAAAUGUCAAGUGCUCCUUCCUCUCCCAUGCUCGGUAACGCACUUCAAAACCGGCAAAUGAUGCAAUCUGGGUACAGGAUACCAGGUGGAACAUUGAUGUCCCCAUAUGGGCCACAAAUGUCUAGUGCUCCUUCCUCCCCGAUGCUGGGCAGUGCACUCCAAAACAGACAGAUGAUGCAAUCUGGGUACCGGCUACCUGAUGGAACCUUGAUGUCUCCAUAUGGGCCACAGAGGUCUAGUGCUCCAUCCUCCCCGAUGCUGGGUAAUGCUCUCCAAAACCAGCAGCUCCGUGGAGCCUCAUACACCCUGCCGGAUGGAAGGGUUUUCAGGGACCCAUAUCAGCCCACUUCUCCUAAUCUCUCUGGAGCUCUCAGGAACCCAAAUGUCAGAAACGCCUCCUACACUCUCCCAGACGGCACCAUCGCAGACCCGAGGCAACGGAUGCCCAUGUCACCCAACCUGGCGCGGGCCCUGAACAACCCGGCGGUCCGCAGGGCGUCCUACUCCCUCCCGGACGGGACCAUCAUGAUCGACCCCAACCAGGCCUCGUCCCCGAGUCUCACGGCGGCCCUCCAGAACCCCUACCUCAAGAGUGCGGCGUACACUCUCCCCGACGGCACCAUCAUCAUCGACCCGCGGAAACCCCUCUCCCCCAACCUGUCCGGGGCGCUGCAGAACUCGGCCCUGAAGAGCGCCUCCUACAAACUCCCGGACGGGACGGUGAUCACCGACCCCAACGCUCCCAUCUCACCCAACCUGGCGAGGGCCCUCAACAACCCGGCCUUGAGAGGUGCAACAUUGACCCUCCCAGACGGGACCCUUCUAGUGGAUCCCAGGAAACCAAAGUCUCCCGUCCUGUCCGCUGCCCUCAAGAACCCCUACAUCAUGGGGGCCUCCUACACCCUCCCAGACGGCUCCAUCAUCAUCGACCCGAGGAAACCAGUCGCACCUAACCUUUCUAAAGUGUGUAUCCGUCCAUGUUCUCUUUUUAUUGUUUCAGCGACCGCUGAAAAGACUUCUAAAGUCAAUGCAUUUCGGCCAUAAAGUCCCCCUCUUCAGGCUCUUACGCUGAACCCAAACAUGCGUAGCGCUUCGUACAGGCUUCCCGACGGCGCCCUGCUCGUACCCGGUCAGAAGCCCAACCUCUCCUCCGCCCUGUACAGGAACCACGGCCUGCGCUCCAAGGAGCUCUUCCACCUGUCGGACGGUUCUGCCUUCACAGGCAAGCCCAAGCCCAGCAGCCCCAACCUCUCGUCCGCCAUGCGCAGGCACGACAUGCGCGGACAACAAAUGAGGCUCCCAGACGGGUCUGUGCUGGGCCGGCGCUUCCAGAUCCCGUCCCUGGGCGAGGCCAUCCAGAACGAGCAGCUCCGCUACGCCUCGUACCGGCUGCCCAGCCCGCUGCACGGCGCGGACGGCCAGUACGCCGUCAUCACCCCCUACGGGCCGCGCUCGGGCCACUGGGCCAAGAACACCCGGGGAGGCGGGGACGGCGAGGAGGACGUCUGGUCGGCCGAGAGGGUCCUCCCCCACGGGACGGUCCAGAACCUGUCCAAGUGGUCCAUGUACAGGGAGGAGGGCCUGAUGGACCUCUUCGUGCCCACCGUCCUGGGCGGCGACGGGAAGCCGCUGGACAGCCUCUGGACCCCCGAGAGGGAGAGAGACGCAGGGGGGACUUGGUUUGACAAGGUCUACGCUAUUCGGAGCAUGCCCACCAUAGGCCACCGGGCCAGAAAUUGGGCACAAGGAAUGGAGGACAUGACACAGAUGGAGGAGUUGAACGAGAACACUGUCCUAAUGAACCUCAAGAAACGAUUCGAUCAAGAGCUCAUAUACACCUACAUUGGCAGUAUCCUGGUCUCAGUGAACCCCUACAAGAUGUUCAACAUGUACGGAACGGACAUGGUGCAGAAGUAUGAGGGCCAUGGCCUGGGAGACAACCCUCCGCACCUCUUUGCCAUUGUUAAUCUCUCAUAUACGUCCAUGAUGGAUGCCAAACUCAACCAGUGUAUUGUAAUCAGUGGAGAGAGUGGAUCAGGGAAGACUGAAGCUACUAAACUAAUCCUGCGGUACUUGACAGCCAUACAUCACAAACGCAACAUCACACAACAGAUAGAGAUCUUGGAGGCCACGCCCCUGUUGGAAUCCUUCGGGAAUGCCAGAACGGUGCGCAAUGACAACUCCUCUCGCUUCGGCAAGUUUACCCAGAUCUAUAUGGAGGAGGGUGUGAUCAGUGGUGCCAUAACGUCUCAGUAUCUGCUGGAGAAGUCCCGCAUCGUCUUUCAGGCCAAAUCAGAGAGGAACUACCACAUCUUCUAUGAGAUGUUGGCUGGUCUUCCUCUCCAUGAAAAACGCCUACUGUAUCUACAGGAAGCAGAAACCUACUACUACCUGAACCAGGGAGGAGACUGUGUGAUCGAGGGGAAGGACGACGCGGAGGACUUCAAGCGUGUACUCCGUGCCAUGGAGAUCCUGUGCUUCACAGCAGAGGAACAGAACGCAAUCUACCGGCUGCUCUCAUCAGUCCUUCACCUGGGCAAUGUGUUCUUCCAGACACACCAGGUUGAAGGACAGGAGGUAGCUUCUGUAGUCAGUGCCCAGGAGAUCAGGGUGGUUGCUGAAUUACUGCAGGUCUCACCUGAAGGGCUGCUUAAGGCUGUCACCUUCAAGUUGACGGAUACAGUGAGGGAGAAGAUCUACACCCCGCUCACUGUGGAGAGUGCUGUGGAUGCCAGGGACGCUGUUGCCAAGGUCCUGUACUCGCUGCUGUUCGGUUGGCUGACGGAGCGCAUCAACGGCCGCGUGUACCCCCGCAACGAGGCGCUCUCCAUCGCCAUACUGGACAUCUACGGCUUCGAGGAGCUCCAGGUGAACAGCUUCGAGCAGCUGUGCAUUAACUAUGCCAACGAGUCCCUGCAGUACUACUUCAGCCGGGUCGUCUUCCAGGAGGAGCAGGAGGAGUACAUGAGGGAGCAGAUUGAAUGGCAGCAGCAGGCCUUCAGCCACAACCAGGACUGUCUGGACCUCAUCGUCGCUAAGCCCCAUGGGAUACUGCGCAUACUGGAUGACCAGAGCGGGUUCCCCCAGGCAACGGACCACACCUUUCUUCAGAAGUGCCAUUAUCACCAUGGGGAAAACCCAUUGUAUGCCAGGCCCAAGAUGCCCCUUCCAGAAUUCACCCUCAAUCACUAUGCUGGGAAGGUCACCUACCAGGUGCAGAAGUUCCUUGACAAGAACUUUGACAGUGUCCGCCAGGAUGUGCUUGACCUCUUUAUCCAGAGCAAAAACAGAAUGGUGGCCAACCUGUUCCUGAAGCACUCAGAGGGUGUGUCCCAGCAGCGCUCCAACGCGCGGAACAGCAGUGUGGUGCGGCGUUUCCAAGCCAACACAGUGAGCGCUAAGUUCCAGAGCAGCCUACAGGAGCUCCUGGAGAAGAUAGAGAGGUGUAAGCCCUAUUUCGUGAGAUGCAUCAAGCCAAACCAUCACAAGGAACCCGGGGUGUUUGACAUGGAGCUGAUCAGCACUCAGUUGCGGUACUCUGGUAUCCUGGAGACCAUCCACAUUAGGAAGAUUGGUUAUCCAAUCAGAAUGCACUUCCACACGUUCCUGUUCAGGUAUAAAGGCCUGCUGUGCUUGGACGCCCCCCCUGCGACUGAUGGAGAGAACUGCGUGAUAAUGCUCCGCAAGCUUUGUCCCCUGAAACCCGGCACCUUUCAACUCGGAGUUACCAAAAUCUUCCUAAAGGAGGAGCUGUACCAGCUGUUGGAGGGGAAGCGCGAUCGCCUCCUGACCUUGGCGGCCAUGACGCUGCAGAGAUACGCACGCAUGUUCUUUGUCCGCAGGAAGUUUGUCAAGUUCAAGCGCCGCAUGAUGCAGCUGCAAGCACACUCCAGGGGCUACUUACUGAGGAAGAAGUUGGCUCUGACGAGGCGGUACCUCAUUAAGCUCCGCUCGGCGGUGCGCCUGAUUGUCAACCGUCAACGCUACAUGAGGACAGUAGUGGAGCCUGCCAGGAGAGCGGAGGAGGAUCGCGUCAACAGAGAGGUGGUGGAUGUGACAACACUUCCUGUUCCUGCUGAGUUGGCUGUCCUGCUGCAAGCGGCGUCAGGAGGUUCUGAGCUGCACUCAGAUUGCCUGGCCCUGGUCCAGGCUCCUAAGGUGCAGGUGGAGUCCCAGCUCACCCUGCCGCUGGACAUCAACAACUACCUCAUGACUCACUACAUCAGGGCUAUAUUCAGGGAGCCAUUGUUUGGGAUGCUAACAGCGCCUCUGGAGCUCUCUCUGACCAGGACGGAUGCAGAAUCCAAACAGAGAUCCCUGGAUGUCUUCAUUCUGAUACUGCGGUUCAUGGGGGACCCGGAUCUGAACGGGGCCCAGGAGAACAUGUUUGGGAACUUCAUCAUCCAGAGAGGACUAGCCAAACCCAGCCUCCGCGACGAGAUCCUGGCCCAGGUGGCCAACCAGGUGUGGAGGAACCCCAACGCGCUGAACUCUGAGCGGGGCUGGCUCCUGCUGUCAGCCUGUCUCUCUGCCUUCCUGCCAUCUCAAAGGCUUGCCAAGUACCUUCUCAAGUUCGUGUCUGACUACGGUCCCGACGGCUACGACUGCGUCUGCCAGCACCGCCUGCUGCAGGCCCUGCAGCGGGUCAGCGCCGGGCCGGAGCACGUGCGCACGUACCCGCCCUGCCUGCUGGAGUGGACCGCCAACCGCAAGAGAGCGCACACCGUGCUGCACAUACACUGCUUUGAUGGUUUGUCCUUUCUGUGUCCCCUCCACUCCUGGACGACAGGAGAGGAGCUCUCAAAGGACAUCCUACAACACAGGGGCAUGCCGGAGGGCCGUCGCGGCUGGUCGGUGCUGCUGAAGGAGCCUGCCCAGUGGGUGGAGCUGGAGGGAUCGGACUACGUCCUGGACCUGAUGUCUGACCUGGAGCUGCCCGCAGACUUCCCCAAGCACAGCAGCUACUUCAUCAUCUCCGCCCAGGAGCCGACCCGGGUCCGGCCCAACGCGAGCAUAAGCUUGUUGGGCAGUGGGUUUGAUGUGAAUGAUGUCACAUCCUCCAUCCUACCUUCCUCUGAUGGAGCCUACCAAGACUUGGAUCGCCAGCGAGGAAUGGAUCACUAUCUUGACAGCCUGUUUGACCCUGUACUUUCCGAUGGGAAUGGACAGGAGGAGGAUGCAGCAGCGUUGAGCUCCAGGAUGCGAGGGGGAGGGGGUGUGGGCGGAGGCUGGGGGGACAGAGAGGAGUCUGAACGGAGCGUCUACUCCCCCCCACCCCCGCCUGGAGCUGUGCGAGUACUGCCGGUGGGAGGGGUGAUGACACCUCCCAGCUUCGCCUUGGCCCCCGUGGCCCCCGUGGCCCCCGUGGCCCCAGUGGCCCCAGUGGCCCCAGUGGCCCCAGUAGCCCCAGAUAAUCAACAGGCGGUGCUGGCCCAGCAGCAGGCUAUAAUGAACCAGCAAGCCAUCAUCAUGGCCCAGCAGAUGACCAUGCAGGCCAUGGCCAUGGUGGGCGGCCCGGUGACCAGCCCGCCCACCACCCCCAUCACCAGCCCCCCCAUGAGCCCCCUGCUCCACCACCCGCCCAGCCCUUACGGCGUCACUAGCCCCUACUCCACCUACAGCUCCUUCCCCCCCAGCCCCUACGGCACCAUCCCCCCAAGCCCCUAUGCCUCUGCUGCUCCUGCUCCUGCUGCUGCUGCUGCUGCUGUCUCUGCUGCUGGGGACGUUCCACCCAGCCCCUACCCUCCAAUCACCCACCAGGCCACUGCGUCCCCAGCCCGGGGCAACGGCCAGGCCCAGGCGUCACAGGCCUCUGGCCAGAGGCCCGUGGGUCAGCCCAACGUCGCUGGCAAACCCGGAUCCAAUAAAGACAGCAUUACCAGGAGGAGAGCUCCAGGGAUCCCCAUUAACAAGGACAAGCCAGCCAAGAAGUUUGCUCCGGUGGUGACAACUCCUCUGCCCCCUAGUGGUGACGUGGUGAAGUACUCAGCUCGCACCCAUGACCACAUGAUCCCCAGCCAAGACAUCAAAGAUAUUAUUAGACGUUAUGACUCACCACCGCCCGCCACUGACCCACUACCGGCUGAAAAGAGCCGACCAGAUGGGAAGUUCAGGAAGAAGCAGAGCCCUCGGGAUGAGGCACUACAGAUCCUCAGACCACAGAUAGACAAUCCUCCAGCGCCCCAGCCCAGACGCCCCGCGGCGCAGUAUCCAUCCGCCUCCACAGGCUACAAACCCGCCAAGAAGAAAGGACCUUCACGGCCUGUUCCCCCACCUCCUCCAAUUUCCCGGGAGCUUCCGGUGGAGACGGAGAGGAUUCAGACCCAGCUCCACCAGAGCAACAACCAGGAGCACUACACCUACACCAACGUGCCCUGGAGGCUGUACCUGCGCAAAGAGGUGUUCUAUCCUAAAGACAGCUUCAACCACCCCCUGAUGCUGGAACUCAUCUUCAAGCAGAUUGUGAAUGACACUCUGUCAGAGGCGUGCGUUCGCAUCACGCGGGAUGAAAGGCAGAAGAUGAAGGCCCUGUUCGUUAAACACAGAGUCCAACAGAACAUGGACCCCGUUGAUGACAGUGUGAAGAAGACGGUCGUCACGGCAGCCAGAGAGACCUGGGAGAUCUACUUCUCUCGCCUCUUUCCUGCUUCAGGCAGUGUGGGAACAGGAGUGCAGCUGCUGUCCGUGUCCCACAGUGGUAUCAAGCUGUUAAAAACGGUCAAGAGCAGCGCGGCGGCGCCAGACUACUUCAGAGUACUGCGGCCGUACACCUACGCAGACAUCCUGUUCGUCACCAUCCCCUCGGAGAACAUGCUGGAGUUCAACCUGACCAACGAGAAGCUGAUCCUGUUCUCAGCCAAGGCCCCGCAGGUCAAGCACCUCAUCGACACCUUCAUCACCGAGAUCAAGCAGGACUCGGACUACGUGAUAGCCGAGAGGAACUUCGUGACGGACGAUCACUCGCGCCUCAGUUUCCACAAAGGCGACAUCAUCAGGGUGCAAGUGAUGGACGGCCUGGAGAAGGGGUUCAGCUAUGGAUGUGUGGUGAGGAAGAAGGUGGUGUUCCUGGAGGAAAUGAAGAGAGAUACUCAGGAGUUUGGGUGGAAGUUUGGCGCGGUGCACGGCCGCUCCGCGGCCUUCCCCGUGGAGUGCGUCCGCCCCGUGGCCGCGCCCGACUUCCUGUCCGUCCCGCUGAACCGCACGGCGGAACCCCGGGGAGGGGCGGGGCAGUUCGCCGUGUCGUCGGCCGUGGCCGUCGCCGUGGCGUCCACCAUGGCCGCCCAUGAGAUAGACCCGACGUUAGAGGAGUUUGAUCUCCGUGGCGAGGGUGAUACGUACGAUAGUCUCCUGCAAGACAGCAAAUAUGACAUGGUUGAGUUCGCCAAGAACUUCUUCAGACAGGGCACGCCAGGAAAGAGUGACUCCCUGAAGAGCAGGGGCAAGACCAUGUCUCCCAGAGAGCCAUCUGAGAUGAUCAAGUUCUCCAAGACGCCGCUUACCCAGUCUCUGAUAGAGUUCACUGACCCCGCCUUGAACAGAGUGGCAGCGGAUCUCUUCCUGUCCGUGAUGCGCUUCAUGGGGGACCAUCCGAUCAAAGGUCUCUCAGAGCAGGAGGUGGUCAGCACCUUCCUCAAGCUUAUUGGCGAGUUCAGUCUGAUGAAGGAUGAGGCUUACUGCCAGGUCCUCAAGCAACUUACCGCUAACACCAGCUCUAAACCGGACAGUUGCCAGAGAGGCUGGAGGCUGUUGUACAUCCUGACGGCGUUCCAUCGCUGCUCAGAGGUCCUGAAGCCUUUCCUCUUCAAGUACCUGCAGCACGCCUACCUCAGCGCCGGAGUGCUGUUUCAGGGAAUUGCUAAGGCCUGUGAGCAGAACCUGAAAAAGACGUUUCAAUAUGGAGGGCGCGUGAUCGCUCCAAACAGCAUGGAGCUGAAGGCUAUGGUGGCUGGACGGAGCUCCAAGCGACAGCUGUUUCUCUUGCCAGGAGGUAUUGAGCGUCACCAAAAGAUCAAGACAUGCUCUGUGGCUCUGGACGUGAUCGAGGAGCUGUGUUACGAAAUGGGCCUGCACCGGCUAGAGGUUAUGGAUGAAUACACUGUGUUCCUGGUCACCAGUCGAGGUCAGAACGUGCGUCCUCUGAAUAAGCAAGAGUACGUCCUGGACAUCGCCACAGAGGCAGAGGAGGUGGACAGCAACUACAGCUUCUGGUUCCGCCGGGUCGUCUGGACCCAGCCGCUCAAGUUUGACAAUGAGCUCUCUGUGUCCAUGCACUACAACCAGGUCCUGCCCGACUACCGCAAAGGCCUUUUAAAUGUGCUUCCCCGGGGGAAAGUAAGCGAUCAGCAGUUCCACCAGAUCUCCAAAUUAGCCUCCCUGCAGCACAGAGCCAAGGACAUAAUCUUCAUCCCCAGCAUCCAUGAAUUGUCGGAAUACAUCCCCCCACCUCUUUUUGGAAAGCAGCCGCCCCAGCAGUGGGUUACUAUGGUGACACAGCACAUGCAGCAAGUGCAGUCGCUAAGCGCGCACCAGGCCAGAGCGCAGUACCUGGGGCUGGUCAGUGCCUUCCCCAUGUUUGGCUCCUCCUUCUUCUACAUCCAGAGCAGUAGCUCCACCUCUUUGUACGCUCCUUGUAUUCUCGCUGUCAAUCAACAUGGCCUCCACUUUCUGCACAAGGACACGCAUGAAAUCCUUCAUGUGGUCCCCCUGGCGGAGGUACAGUCGACACGCACCCAGAGGCCCACGGCUGGCACAAGCUACCCCUAUGUAGACCUAACCCUGGGAGACAUGAACACACAAAGGGUGGUUCAACUUCAAUUGGAGCAGGGCCUGGAGUUGUGUCGGGUGAUUGCCAUGCAGGUAGAGAACAUGAUGUCGUUACGAGAGAAGAGACUAAUCCUUCCGGCGAGUGAAAUCACCAUGUUGUAACUCAUGGCAACGGCCACUCCUGCGGGCAAGGCCAUAGGCACACAUAGGCAUUAGGCACAUAAAUGCACUUCACAGCACAAACACACUUCACAGGCAUGCUUGUACAAAAUCAAUCAAUCAAAGAAGAUCUACAAAGUGACCUACCUCUUAUUUUAUUCAGGUGUUUAUUCAUGUGUAGAAUUUGAGUGACUUUUGUAACAGUUUGCAUGAUAGAUUCAGGUUCUUUGAUUAUGAUACCAUCAGUAGUGUAAACCCUCUAGCAUUGUUUAUAGUUCAUAAUGUAUUUAUGUACUUAUUUUCAAGGUAAUAAUUUUUUACACCUGAAUGGCCUUGACAUUUAUAAAGGAAGAAAUUCUCAUAAAAUGUUGUUUGCUAUAAAAGGAAGGAAAGUUCUUUGGCAUAUUGAUUCUUAUCUUAUAUAAUUACUACUGAGAAGAGCAGUUUAUUUUUUCUAAUUAAAUUGAUGCAUAUAUAUGUAAGGCAAUGGCAUGUGAAUACAUGUCGUUUAUAUGUGUAAUUGUAUUUAUUUGUCUUUUUGUAAAGUACUUCUUUAGCUGUGUAAAAAGUUAGUUAAUGUUCAUUCCUUGUACUACUCAAUUACUGCACUUCAAACAAGAAAAAUAUAACAGGAUAUAUUUCUUAUAUAUGUCCAGUUCGUGUGUUUUAUAUAGAAUAUAGAAAACACUGCACCAACUUUUGUUAAA